UUCAGACGCUGCCGUCGACCGCGCAUAAAACUCGCCAUCGUAAACAAUUAAAUAUGCUAAUUAUUUUUUGUUGAACUGUUCUUCCAAAAUAUUCGUUCCGUAUUAUUUAGUUGUACUCGUAGUUACUGGUAGUAAGCGCUUGAAGUGUGCAGUACUCACCAGAAGUGCAUGUUUGUGACACUCGUACUGAAUGGUACGUCAGCGAAAAGUGUUCAUAUCGGCUGAGACUAGAGACUACCACACCUCGGUUUGCGAUAGCAUCCCUUGAUCGAGCACAUUUUUUUGCGAGCUGAAUGGCAAAUCGGACGUGUCAUGCAUGAUAACGCUGUGACAUGACCUAGAUCGUGAAAUUUGCAAGAGCCCGUUCUUCUGCCAGACAUUAAACCCCGCUGUUAGAAAAACGAUAUUCGGAGUUAUUCUUUUGGUAAUGCAUUUCCGCAACAGGUUCCAACAGAUGGGACAAUUCAACGAUCUGUAUCCAUUCCUUGAGUCUUGUUAAGUUCUGGCAAAUCACCUGUGGAGAAUUCUAAGCAACAAGCCAGCAUAUUAUUCCCAUUGCUGUCAUUAGAAUUCAGUUUGAUAGUGACAGCAUGGCGCAAUCGACGGACAGCUUUCGAGAGCGUAUGAAGGACAUAUUUUUCCAUAAAGAUGAACUGGAAAAUCAUUUCCAGAAUGCCCUGAACAUGGCGGCCUCCAAGGAGGACUUGGUCAAGCUGAACGUCACAGUGUCAAAAUUGGAGAGACUGCUUAACAGUGUGAAAGGGGACAUAGACAAACGGAUGGCUGGUUCGCAACAAAAUGGCACUGCUGCAAAUGCAGCUACCGGAGCUGCCAGCGUGCAGCCUACUGAGCAGGAUAAACAGGCGAAGGCUCAGCCGAAGGUUGUUGCUCAGGUUCCAUCAGCGAAGCCUUCGACAUCCAUGGGCGCCGUUGAACGAGCAAAGGAAGCGCAGGCGACAAGAGUUUUCAGCAAUUCCGCUGCUCAUUCGGAUAAUGGUUGGAGUACUUUCCGCAAAAAUCCAAAUAUUCCGGAUACUCAGCGAAUUUAUGUGCAGAAAGUUAGCUUGAACAGUACGGAGGAAUCAUUGUACAAGUACUUUUCCGAGUAUGGCAGAGUUUUGGAUGUGAAGCUGUUUAUUUAUCCGGAUGCAAGAGCAAACUCAGCAGCAGUUGGCUUCGACAACCCAUUAGUUGUGCAGAAGAUUCUGACCCAAAAGUUGGUUAUUGAUGGGUUCGAAACCUACGCCAGACCGUAUUUUUCUAAAGAAGGAACUCCUAGGAUGAAGACUAUGAUUCAGUUGAAGCAAAAGCGAUAUCAAAUUUUCUGCGGAGGAAUACCCGUGAGAGCAGCAGCGGAUGAUAUAAAACGGGCGUUAGAGAAUUUCUGUAUGUAUGGAACGAUCCGUGAUGUAAGAAUGGUAUAUCCUCGUGGAGCUAAGGAUAGAACUGUGCACCGUGGAUUUGCGUUUAUCGAUGUGGAAAACGAUGAGGAUGCGAAGUGGUUCAUUUCCCAGGCGCAGCCAGUGUAUAUAUUGGGCAAAGAGGUGGACUGUAAGCCAAAUACCCGCCCAUUACCGGAAGAUGAUGAUGCUUCCCUGUCCGGAUCUAUGGCCGACUUAACUGGAUUAGAAGAGCUUAAAGAUCUGAAGGCACCAGAUAGUGCAAGGAAAUCUCCUGUGAGUGAACCUUUGAAAUCGGAUAAAGCGAGUGGAUCAGCUAACAUGAAGACCGUGGCAUGCAUAGUCUGCAAGAAGAAUCCACAGAAUUGUGUGCUGUUGUGGUGUGGUCAUACGGAGACGUGUAUAGACUGUGGAGAAAAACUGAAGAACUGCCCUAGAUUAGGAUGUGGAGAGCCCGUGCAAAAGUGCACCAAAUUGGAAUAGAUUUGGGUCUAUUGGACAGUGGCUGCGAACAUUAGCUACUUGUUUUGUGGGACACAAUUAUUAUAUAUGGCUUGUGGAAGAAUACUUGAAUUGGAACAUGUGGUUGAAGAAGGAUGAUGCGUCCAUCAAACAAAUAUACCGGAAUACUAUAUAGUGAAGUAUAAACGAGGAAUUUUAGUUAGAAUUGGAUAGUCACUGAGCUGGACCUUUUCUAUCAUAGUUACGAGUAUGUGUGCCAGUUCCGUGCGAGCUCUAUUGAUAUGAUUUACCGUUAUUACCAUACUUGAUGCAAAAUCUCAUAGCGUUUGCUUCUGUUGUUUUGUCGAUUCUGUUGGUGUGCGACGAUGCAUUCGAUCGAUCUGGUUUGAUAGUCGCCUCAUUUCAGUUCAUAAUUGAACGUCCAGGUUUCACAACCUGUUUUGAGUCGUUUUCAAACUUAAUCCAGGAAGAUAAUUUUGCAAGCUCGGACAACUGUAAUUCAUGUGCACGGUACUCACCUGGCUCUGUCAUUUAAGUACGUGAGUUGAUUAACUGAUGUCUUGCUUGAUUUAUUUCUUGCUUACGUAGCUGAGUGGAUGCCCCUCAAAUCAUUGCUUUUUUCGACAGUUUUGCUUCGGAUGAAUACUGCAUUGUAUUUGUUACUUGUCAUUUGUCCCCUACAAAUGCGCUUUGAUAUGCUAGUUCCGUGAGACCUUUCAUACAAGAGAAUAAUUCAAUAAAAUUCGCUUUGUGAA